AUGGUAGUCAUGAUUGGGGACGGCCAGGUAUCCGUUGGGACCGUCACCGUCAAGCCAAACGUUCGAAAAGUCCGGCGGAUAGGGGAAGGUGUGGUCGCAGGCUUUGCAGGUACGGCAGCCGACGGGUUAUCCCUCCUGGAGCGGCUGGAAAUGAAACUAGAGGAGCACCCGGGUCAGCUGCUUCGUGCGGCGGUGGAGCUCGCCAAGCAGUGGCGUCAGGAUAAGGCCCUGCGCUUUCUGCAGGCCGAGUUGCUGGUGGCUGACGCCAGCACCACCCUCACCAUUUCGGGAAAUGGGGAUGUGCUGGAGCCGCACGACGGCGUCAUGGGCAAGAAGGCCAUGAAGAUUGCUGCUGACAUGUGCAUCUACACCAAUGAUAACUUCACGGUGGAGUCCAUCUCCGUGGAGCUGCCGGGGGCACCGGGGGCGGGGGGAGGGGCAGCAGCCGGGGCAGCAGCAGCAGCAGCAGCGGGGGGAGGGGGGACAAGCUAUCCGACAGCGGUUUCGGUUGCGAAUGAAGACGCGGCGCACUUCUGGGCGACGGGUGUCGGUCUGCGUUUACAUGGUAAGGCGUUAACCAAGGGGUCGCAUAGGUAUAGUUAUGGCCGCGGUAGUGGCGUAGGACCUCUCAUCUGGUACGAGCCCACAUCAGUCCGCCUCAAUUCAGCGACUAUGUACUCUUACAUGACGCCACAUCCUAUCCUGGUGACUGCGGAAGGCCAACUGCCAGUGCCGCUGUAUGCACGCAGCGACAUUAGCCGCUGUGCUGUCGUGCCGCUCGAUGCCCACGCAAUGCCACGCAAUGCCGAUACGGCCAUCACCCUCAUAUAUGACUACGGCAUGGACGCCACCACCGUCCUGGCCGUGGACCAAGACUUCGCACACAGUGCUAACCACUUCGCACACUCGGUGCUAACCACCGCAGCGCAAGCGCGAGCAUCGGACGCCCUCCUUCCUACGACGCCAAUGAAACGUCUGGCCGCCAGCCCGGCCGCGCCCGAUUUGUAUGGGCCCCCCCUGCACGUGACUCUACACCAUCACCACGACCUUGGGCCAGGCAAGCGGCCUGGAGACGGCAUGCCCCAGGAUAAGCUGAUCUUUGUUCCCGACGGCUACACGGCGAGUGCCAAAUUGGGAUUUUGCUUUCUCUUUUGUAAACUAUUGUUCCUGUAG